UGACGUUCUCAUGAAUUAUGAUGCAAGGUAAACAUUUGACUGGACUGACAAAAGUGCAUUCCGUUGCAUGUGCGGCAAUUCCGUACAGACUGCUGCCGUUCAGCUUCACGUCAACUGAUUAUUAUCCUUUUCAUGACCGGAUACUGAAUGUGGCGGCCCCGGUGUAAUGUGGCCAUAAAACGCGUUAAAACCAACCGUUUCUAGACACGGCCUUUGUGCUGCUGGCCUGCUGCUGCUUGUUCUUCCUGUUCACCUUCCUCCUCCUCCCUAUAAAUUUGACUAGAAUGCAACCAAUCCUUGGUCAUGUUCUCUGGCAAACACACACACACACACACACACACACACACACACACACACACACACACACAUCGUUUGCUGUUGCAACAAAGCUCUACACGGGAAGACAGGCUGCUUCUUUCUUGCAGUCUCUGGUCCAGAAGCCUGAAGAAAUGGCGUCACCCAACGUCACAUUCCUUGCCUUCUUCGUGGCCCUCGCACUAUCGGCGCUUCACACCGACGCAGCGGCGGCGGCAGAAACCUUGCACCAUAGGAGCGACACAUGGUGCGUGGCCAAGCCGUCGACGCAGGAGGCGGCGCUGCGGGGCAACCUGGAGUUCGCCUGCUCCGAGAGCGACUGCGGCGCCAUCCAGGGCACCGGCGGCUGCGCCCAGCCCGACAGCCUGCUGUCGCGGGCGUCGGUGGCCAUGAACGCCUACUACCAGGCCCGGGGGAGGAACUCGUGGAACUGCUUCUUCAACGGCACCGGCAUAAUCACCAUCACUGACCCCAGCCUUGGCACCUGCAAAUAUGCUUGACACGACGGGCUGCUCUGCUGCUGCUGUGCUCAACGGACGAUGAAUAAGGCUGUAGGGGAAUGAUGCAUCUUUUCCUUCUCUUUGUUUUGUUAUUGUGUCUGUGUGAGUGAGCAGGGAGUAUCCUUGCAGAACCAACCAGUAUCAUGUCUGAGCACUGUAGAGAGAAUUUCCGUGCUUUUAUUUCCCAAAUACAGUUCUACUCCAGGCCAGUGGCUGGAGGGGAGUUUA